AUGUCGGAGCGUGACGCUCACAUUCCGGCGGAAGUAAUCUCCUACUUGCUCACCUUCCUACCGGUGAAGUCACUUCUAAGGUUCAAGUGCGUAUCAAAACCAUGGCUGGCUUUGAUAAACAGCCCAGACUUCAUCAAAAACCACAUCUCCCGCUCCCUCAAAACUAACCGUAAUCUCACCAUCAUCCUCGGUUACGCCUCAUCAAUCUACUCCGCCGACUUCGAUUCUUUUCAGGACAACGUGGCCUACCCUACCAAACUUACCCCUCCAUUAUCGCCGUCCAUCGACGCGCCUAUUCUAGUGCUGGGUUCUUGUAACGGGCUGCUGUUUCUGUCCACCACCUUAAAAGACAGCAUCAUAUGGAACCCAUCCACCAGAAAGCACCAGAAACUACCUCCAACCUCCAUUGAAUACCCAUGUGGCAGGUUUGUAUGGCAUUCUGAAACUGGGUUUGGGUAUGACUCUGUUCAUGAUGAUUAUAAGGUCGUAAGAGUCACCCAAUUUCACCUUGGUUGGGAGGAUGACUUUUUCCAGAAUGAAGUUAAGGUCUAUAGUUUGAACUCCAAUCAGUGGAGAAAGAUUCAAGAUUGUCCGUACUUUAUUCGGUAUCUAAAACUUGGCGGGACUUUUGCGGGCGAUGCACUGCACUGGAUUGCGGGUAACAGUCCGAGAUUGGGUACCGCCAAUCAAGUCGCUGCUUUUGAUAUAAGAAGUGAGGAGUGGCAUCUGCUGCCGCUUCCUAAAACCUUGGCUGGGGAUUUUUUCAUGAAUUUGGUUGUUUUGGGAGAAUGCAUUGGUUUGUUUUGCAAUUACUAUCGCGAUCACGUCGAUUUCUGGGUUAUGAAAGAAUACGGGGUGAGGGAAUCUUGGAUCAAAAUAUGCUCUGUUGUUCAGCCUACUCAUAUUCAGUCCUUUGAGCAAGUGAAGCCAAUAGGUUACUCAAACGAUGGGAAGCAAGUCCUUUUGGAGCAAAACUCUAGCUGCCUCGUGUGGUUUGAUUUGCAGGAAAAGUCUGUGAAGAGUGUUAGGAUUCAUGGUGGGCCCAAAUAUUUUAAUACAGAUGUUUGUCUGGCAAGCCUUGUCAAACUCCCUUACAGUGAUGUUCAACAAGUCCACCAGAAGAAGAAAACCCAAGAUAGGGGGAACCCGAAAGCUGGUCCGAAGAGAGAUGACUUUCUGUCAAGCGGGUUCAAAUUGGUGCUUUAAGCUGAUUGAGAAGGGGGUCAAACUACGACUUUUGUGAUGGCAGGACUGACGGUUCAU